GUCGGAAGUCAAAGGUCGGUAAAUAGUGGUGAUGUCAUGCUGGCAAGAUGGCGGAAGGGGAGGACGUAGGGUGGUGGCGGAGCUGGCUGCAGCAGAGCUACCAGACAGUCAAAGAGAAGUCCACGGAAGCUUUGGAGUUCAUGAAGCGGGACCUGACAGAGUUUACCCAGGUGGUGCAGCAUGAUACAGCCUGCACCAUAGCGGCCACAGCCAGUGUGGUCAAGGAGAAGCUGGCUACUGAAGGUUCCUCAGGAGCAACAGAAAAAGUGAAGAAGGGGUUAUCCGACUUCUUAGGGGUGAUCUCAGAUACCUUUGCCCCCUCUCCAGACAAAACCAUUGACUGCGAUGUGAUCACUCUGAUGGGUACACCCUCUGGCACAGCUGAGCCAUAUGACGGCACCAAGGCUCGCCUCUACAGUCUGCAGUCAGACCCGGCAACAUACUGCAACGAACCUGAUGGACCCCCGGAAUUGUUUGAUGCCUGGCUUUCCCAGUUCUGUCUGGAGGAGAAGAAGGGGGAGAUCUCAGAGCUCCUUGUAGGCAGCCCCUCCAUCCGAGCCCUCUACACCAAGAUGGUUCCAGCAGCUGUUUCCCAUUCGGAAUUCUGGCAUCGGUACUUCUAUAAAGUCCACCAACUUGAACAGGAGCAAGCCCGGAGGGAUGCCCUGAAGCAGCGGGCAGACCAGAGCAUCUCUGAAGAGCCUGGCUGGGAAGAGGAAGAAGAGGAGCUUGAAGGCAUUGUACCAUCUCCAAAAGAGGCAAAGAUUCCAAAAGAGACCAAAACUUCUACAUCCCCUGAAGAUGAGCCUGUCCCCCAGAGCCCUUGUGAAGAGAUUCCAGUGGAGCCCCCCACAGAGGCCACCCCAUCAGAGAGCAGUGAGAGUAUCUCCCUCAGGACCCAGAUUGCCAACCCUGCAGCUGCACCUGAGGCACCACAGCCACCUAAAGACCUGUCUCAAAAGCUGCUGGAGGCGUCUUUGGAAGAACAGAGUCUGGCUGAGGAUGAGGGUGAAACUGGACCCCCACCCCCAGUUCCCUCCAAGCCUCUAACCCCUGCAGGCCGAGCCAGUGGCUUAGAACCCAGGCCUCCAGCCAGAGUAGAGACCCUGAGAGAGGAGGUGCCCACAGACUUAAGAGUGUUCGAGCUGAACUCAGAUAGUGGGAAGUCUACACCCUCCAACAACGGCAAGAAAGGCUCAAGCACGGACAUCAGCGAGGACUGGGAGAAGGACUUUGACUUGGACAUGACUGAAGAAGAAGUGCAGAUGGCACUUUCCACAGUGGACGCCUCUGGUGAGCUGGAAGAUGUAGAGUGGGAGGACUGGGAAUGAGGGAGCGAGAGCAAGCAGCUCCCCCACCCACGGCACAUCCCACCUCGCUCGCUCGCUAGUCUCAGCUGGCCUUGGAAGACAGAGAAUGUCCCCCCAAAUGGCCCCUGCCAUCCAGAACUUGGUACAUAUUCUGGUGGCUCCCUGCUGGCCCUCUGCUCACACCUUGGAAGAGCCUUUUCAAAUACAGAUCCAGAAGUCUGAUUUGUGCCAACCUUAGGAUGACCUAAGGGGAGGAUGUACCCCAUCACCGGAGAGCCUGCAUUUCCCUGCUAUUGUAGGGAUUUCUACUGGGAGACCUGGAGGGGUAGCUGUCUCCUGCAGAGACAAGACCUGAAGCAUUGGUCUCUUUGAAGACAACAUGCACUACCCCGUAAGCUAGUAAGCCAGUAAGCCAGCAAGGAAGGCCAUGCCACCUGCCCUUGGCUACACACAGGAACAGUGAACAGUGUUUUAGUUCCUGCCCCAAUGAGGAAGAGGCAAUCUCUCUGGGACAUUUGCCUCUCCGGAAUCUCCAUCCCAACCAUUUCUCACUCCUGCAAAGGUCCUAUGGGGUUCAGAUCUUAAGACCAAACCUCGACUCUAUUCGAGCCCACACUGGGAUAUCCCUACACCUUCCCAGGGCUUUUCUGUCAGAUGCACCCAAGUCCUUAGCCCAUCUGUGCCACUGCAAGAGUCUGCUCUUGUAUUUCUUUCCCUCCCCCGAAAGGGAGGGAGCCACUUUGAGGCCCUUUGGUGUGUUGCUUUGGUAGGAUAACUGCUCCAAGCAGCUACCUGUCGUGAGUCCCAUAGCUUUGGACACAAGCCAGCUAUGAGCUGUAUGUAGUGAGCAGAGAUGAGUACUCACAGUCCAGCGCCAGGCCAGCUUCUCCUCAACCCUCUCUGUUCUUGAAGGGAUAUGCUGGGGCAAGCAUCCUGAGACUCCUAUCUCCUGCAGAGGCCCUCCUUCCUGAAGACAGCCUGGGGUUCUUACCCUCUUGAGACAGUGAGGGCCACAUGAAGACCUGGUGCUGCACAGAUGCCGCUCCAGUGAUGCUGUCUGCUGGUGUAUCUACCAGUGACUCAUUUAAAGGAGCUUGGUCAGGGUGGCAGUGAAUGGUGGGCACUGCAAACCUUCAGUGAAGGGGGUAGGGUGGACAGAAUGCUAAAUUUUUUUUUUUGAUGGGAUGGGUUUUUCUCUUUGUAAUUAUUUUAACCUUUUGGUUGUUUGUGCAAUAUUAUAUAUUUUAAAUUAUAAUGCAUCUCCCCAGAGUAUUUUGUAGCUGGGAAAAGAAAAAAAAAGUAAAGAAAAAAUUCGAACAGCUGUUAGUUUUGUAAUUAAAAAGGAAGAAAAAUAAAAGAAGUUUGUCCUGAACCUUUUACAGAUUUGCUGUAACAGCAUUAAAGUUAUUGAACAGAA